AUGGCUUUGAAAGUAGUAAUUUUCUUGAUUUCUCUGUGCUUUCUACACGCUGCUACUGCUGCUGCUCUUGCGCCGCCCGCUCCUGUUGAUGGGUUACUUCCAAAUGGCAACUUUGAAGAGAAACCCGACCCCAAACACCUUAACAAGACGAAGCUGGAGGGGCGGCACGCCCUGCCCAAGUGGGUGAAACGUGGUCUGGUGGAGUACAUCUCGGGCGGUCCCCAGCCCGGAGGCAUGUACUUCCACGUGCGCCAUGGUGUCCACGCGGUCCGCCUGGGUAACGAGGCCUCCAUCUCCCAGACUGUCCUCGUGCGUGCCGGCUCACUCUACGCCCUCACGUUCGGGGCCUCGAGGACGUGCGCCCAGGAUGAGGUUCUCCGCAUCACGGUGGGCUCUCAGGUAGGGGAUCUUCCCCUCCAGACCCUCUACAGCAGCGACGGAGGGGACACCUACGCCUGGGGCUUCAGGGCAGCCUCGACUUCGGUGGACGUCACUUUCCACAACCCGGGCCGGCAGGAGGACCCUGCCUGUGGGCCCCUGUUGGAUGCCGUUGCCAUCAAGGAGCUUUUCCCCCCUAAGCCCACCCCAGACAACCUAGUCAAGAAUGGAGAUUUCGAAGAGGGCCCACACCUCCUCAACAACUCGGUCAACGGCAUCCUCCUCCCAGCAAAGCUAAAGGACUUGAACUCCCCCCUCCCAGGAUGGAUCAUCGAGUCUCUCAAGGCCGUCAAGUUCAUCGACUCAGCCCAUUUCAACGUCCCCUCAGGAAAAGCUGCCGUGGAGCUUGUGGCUGGGCGGGAGAGCGCCAUUGCCCAGGUGAUACGCACCGUGCCAAACAAGCCCUACAACCUCACCUUCGUGGUGGGUGACGCCAAGAAUGGGUGCCACGGCUCCAUGUUGGUCGAGGCUUUUGCUGCCAAGGAGACCCUCAAGGCCCCUUUCCAGUCCAAUGGGCAAGGGGAGUCACGGGCCUACUCCUUUGUGUUCAAGGCUAUCUCAGCCCGCACCAGGUUGACUUUCUAUAGCUCCUUCUACCACACCAAGGUGAAUGAUUUUGGGGGCUUGUGCGGCCCUGUGAUCGAUAACGUCCGGGUUCUUCCCAUCAAGGCUUAA